UAGUUUGUCACGUCAUGUUCCCGCCAACUUCCUGUCCAGCUUCUAAGGUUGUGCUACAUGUGAUUCGGCUGAACGAGCUUACACUUGAACCCCAUCUUUACGAAUAUCAUUUUUCAAGCUUUUCGCUUCCUACACAACCCUUGCUUAGGUCCUUAAGAAGAAUGUCAGCGAAUAGACGCUUCUAUAUCGGAAAUCUCUCCCUUAAAGCAACAAAAGAGGACUUGGCUCGCCACUUUGGCCUUGAUAGCACUCCAUACCUGCGAUCAUCGUCAUGGAUUGAAUUGGCCGUGGACCGGCCUGGUGCCUCACAAGGGUUUGGUUUUAUUAAUGUUCCAGAACAUCUUGCAGGUCAAUUGCUUCAAUUAAAUGGAACUAAACUCUAUGAUAAAAUCAUAAAAGUUGAACCAGCCAAAAACUCAGGAGGAGGCCGCAGUGGCAGAGUGUCUAUUCCAUCAAUGAUUCCUCCAUCUUAUGUCAUGCCAAUUCCACAGAUGAGCAAUUAUGCUUAUGGUUCAAACCAGUAUAAUUAUAACCAAAAGGGUUGGAGGAACAGGCGACGCCCUCAAGGCCCUAAUGACAUUGUGACAGUUCCUGAUGAUAAAGUGUUGCAGCUCAUUGAUGUGGGGGUUAAUCUACCAAAUAAAGUAUUUUCCAGAGAUAUUCGAAAUGUUAUAGAGCAGGCUGAAGUUGUAGGAAUCAAGCAGAUGAUUCUAACAGGAAACACAUUACAGAUGAGUCAGUCAGCUGUCCUUCAAGCUAAAGCUCAUCCACGUGUCCUGUAUGCAUCUGUGGGUGUACAUCCUCAUUUUACAACAAAGGAAUGGAAUGAAAAAACUGCCAAGGAGAUUGAAGAAUUAGCAAAGGAUCCCGUAGUUGUCGCCAUUGGUGAAGUUGGUUUGGAUUUUCACAGGAAUUACUCAGACGAGAAGGCACAGAUUGAAGCAUUCACAAAACAGGUCGAGAUUGCCUGUGAAGUUCAGAAACCACUCUUAGCACAUGAGCGAGCAUCACAUCAGAAAUUCAUUGAAGUGUUGAGUCAGUUUAGUGGCAGAUUACCAUCUAUCGUGAUUCACUGUUUCACUGGUAGUGUUUCAGAAAUGAGUGCCUAUGUUGCAAUGGGAUUCUAUAUUGGCAUUUGUGGAUUUAUUUGCAAAGAAACCCCUGGCAAAGCACUGAGAGAUGCUCUCAAAGAGGGUGUUCUUCCAUUGGACAGAGUUCUUCUUGAAAGUGAUGCACCUUACAUGAUCCCAAAUGCGCCGGAAAAGGACUUAGAUGAUGUUUGCAAGUCCCUUCUAAAGAGAUGCCAGCCUGGACGAAAUGAGCCGUGUACUCUGCCAAUAGUAGCUCACACUGUCGCAAAAUGUCUCGGUGUUGAUGCGGAAGAGGUGGCCCGUGCGUCAGCAGAAAAUGCAAGGCGGGUUUUUGAUUUGAAGCCCCCUGCACCCACGACACAGCCCGCUGCUGUCAAUGGAGCGGAAAGAGAAUAAUUAUUAAUGAUAUUAUGAGAGUAAGGAGUCCUUGUUUUAACAGACCUGCAGAUAGUAAAAAUGGAAAUAUGCAAUUUUUGCUAUUCCAGUAAACGUUUUGACAAUCGUCCAGCUCGUUAUUGGACGUCAUUUUUUUUCUUCUUUUUUAGUUAAUGUAGAAUUUUAAGAAAUCUCUUAACGUCUUUCUUCUGAUGGCUAUUUAGUUGGAAGUCUCUUUGUGGCGAUAGAGAUUUAGAUGGCUUUUUUGAAAGCGACAAUCAUGUUUACCUGUACUACCCACUCAAAAAGGUUUCUGCUAGAAAGUUUCAAAUGUACAGUGUAUCAUUUUAGCAUAAGGUCGAAAUUAGAGAUUAUGGGCAAGUCUUGUGGUGAAUAUUGUGCUACGCCACCCGGGAUCGAUAAGGUAUAUUCUGCCGCACAUUGGAGAUAUUUCGGACGUGUAGAACAAAUUUACGUAAACUGACUUGCGGAACAGUCAGAUAAUUAUUAUAAGCAAGUAUUUUGAAAGGUUAGAAAAAGGGAAAGCAAAUCACUUCAACUCAGACCUUCGAAGAUUACAAUAUAGUCAACUAUUACAUGUAACAGAGAAGUGAUAUUUGUUAGUAAUUUGUUACAAUGUUUUGUUAAAGUUUUGGUCCAGUGUAGUUAAUAGUAGGAAUCUUGCUAUCAAUAGAUGUACUUUCUGCCAAAAAGAGUCCAGGAGAAAGUGUACAUUUGGGCUGUACCUGGCACCAAAAAUGUUUUAGGCUAGUGAGGGUUGUGUCUCGGUUGCCUAUAAGUUAUUUAUUAAGGCUAAUUCUAGCAAUACGUUUGUUGUCAACUUCAAACCCUUGUGAUGUCUUCAAACACAUGUCCGUCUUUUGCAUGUGUAAGUGGUAUUUGCUAAGUGUUAGCUCCGUCAGUGUUUAGAGUUCAGAAUGUGCUACGUUAGUUUUGUUACAUUGGUUUCUGUUUGGGUCAGUUCGCUCUGAUUUAAAAUACUCAAUUCAAGAUAAAAGUAUUCAUUUCGAUUAAAUAGGUUAGUCUAGAAGUGAUUUUCACGUUACAGUUUUUUUAGAGUUUAAGUGCUAUAAAAAGAGUUUGUAAAAUUGCGAUAUCGAUAUUACAAAUAUUAUACUGUUAUUGAGAGACAUUGGUUCUUUCUGAUGUUUUCUUUGCAGUAUUUAGUGGCUAUUUCUGUUGUGAGAAACACGCAGUAAACCUUUUGGAGGUUUUUA